CCUUCAAGGAACUCGGUACUCUGGCGUCGCUGCGGUAGUCGCUCGGGCGUCUGAACGCGCUUUCAAUUUAGCUUCUCGCUGUUUCGGCUGCCGCCAUCAUGGUGCGGAAGCUUAAGUUCCACGAGCAGAAGCUACUGAAGCAGGUGGACUUCCUGAACUGGGAAGUCACUGACCACAACCUGCACGAGUUGCGCGUGCUGCGGCGUUACCGUCUGCAGCGGCGUGAAGACUACACCCGGUACAACCAGCUGAGCCGCGCGGUGCGCGAGCUGGCGCGGCGACUGCGCGACCUCCCCGAGCGUGACCCGUUUCGCGUGCGCGCCUCUGCCGCGCUUCUGGACAAGCUGUAUGCUCUCGGUCUGGUGCCGACGCGCGGAUCGCUCGAGCUCUGCGAUUUCGUCACAGCCUCGUCCUUCUGUCGCCGCCGCCUUCCCACAGUGCUCCUCAAACUGCGCAUGGCACAGCAUCUCCAGGCUGCCGUAACUUUCGUGGAGCAGGGCCACGUGCGUGUCGGCCCGGACGUGGUUACCGAUCCCGCCUUCCUUGUCACUCGCAGCAUGGAGGAUUUUGUCACCUGGGUCGACUCCUCCAAGAUCAAGAGGCACGUGCUGGAAUACAAUGAGGAGCGCGAUGACUUUGAUUUGGAUGCCUAGCAGAUCUCGCCGCGUCUGCCUUUUACAGAUGAGAAAGUUGAAGCCUCGUACUGGAGAUUCUGAAUGCCUUUGCCAAGAGCAUCGGUCUUGGGUUCUUAAAAACUUGGCUUCUUAAUUGCAGGUCACAGAAGCGGGAGUGGGGAGGUUUGUUCCUGUUUUCCAGGACAUUUUCUUAGAACUUGGAUCACUGACUAUUAAAUGACUACCUUGGGAGACAGUGGGGAUUGUUAGCUGUUUUUGCCUGAAGCAUUGUGUAAAAGCUGUAACGUUGCCCUCUCCUCCCUUUCCUUUAUCAUUUUGUACUAGGAAUAUUUGGUUCAGUUUAUUUAACUCAAGUAUUUGUUCCUGAUCGUCAUUAACCUGUGUACAUAUGGAGAGUUUGGGCUCAAGUUCGCAUAAAAUGGGUGAGACUUUUCACUUGUAAUCCCAGCUACUCUGGAGGUUGAGGCAGGAGGAUCAUAAGUUGGAGGUCAGCCUGGGGGCUAGGACAAAUUAAAAAAGAAAAUGCUUGCCUGGAAUUUGCUAAACCCUGGGUUCAAUCCCCAGACAGGCAAAAGAAAAAAAGAAAAGACUUUAGUAUUAAAGAGUUCCUUUCCUCCUGUAAAGAAACACUUUCCCUAGUACCAAUAAAUGGCCCAACCACUUUGUAAAUGCAA